AUAUUCCCUUGCUAGUUUGUUGAAUGGUUUCGAUAUUGAAACGGUGCCGUUUGGUGAGGCCGUUGAUAUGACCGGGAGUUUGAGUGCGACUAAUAUGAAAGCCACUCCACUUGAAGUUGUUCUUACCCCCACGAUUGUCUCCUCACCUUUCUUAUUUGAUUUUUCUUCAUUUCCAUGUCUUGUUGUUACAUCAAUACGUGGGGUCCCGUUGAAAAAAUCGCCAUUGCUUUUUUGUCCGCAUUUGCAUUAUUAGUUGUUCAGACACCUUGGUCCAUUUUCAGUUACUUUCUACUUCAACCUUAUAUAUCAUUGAUCUUGGCCAAUUGUUUCACUCACUCGUUUCGUUUUCCGGACAAUAAUCAAACUUUUCGAGGCAAUCACUAGUUCAUUCUAUAAUAAGCACUAGUUUAUAUAUCAAGCCAUGGAAAUGGGACCGACUAUUUCGCUUCCUGCGUUGGUUACUAUAUCGAUAAUUUUAACCGUUAGUUUAUGUUUCCUUGUAAUAACCAUACGAGGAAGAAGAAUCAAGAAAAAACUACCCCCAGAAGCUGAAGGUGGUUGGCCUAUAAUCGGACACCUGUCCUUGCUUUCAGGGCCCGAGCUCCCUCACAUCGUACUAUCAAAUCUCGCAGACAAAUACGGCCCGAUUUUCACUAUCCGGUUAGGCGUACACGGAGCCCUGAUAGUGAGCAGCUGGGAAAUAGCAAAAGAAUGCUUCACCACAAACGACCUAAUCUUCUGCAACCGCCCGCAAACCGCUGCAAUUCAGCACAUGUGCUACAAUUUCGCCAUGUUUGGAUUCAGCGACUACGGGCCCUACUGGCGGGAGCUUCGCAAGAUUUCCAUGCAUACUCUUCUUUCGAACAGAAAAGUCGCAAAGCUCGGAAAUUUGUACGAAACGGAGGUUACUGCCAUGAUGAGGUCGUUGUACCUUUAUGGAGAAAAGGUGCCGUUGGAUAUGAAGAAAUUCUUUGGGGAAAUGACGCUCGGUUUGAUUGUGAGGAUAGUAGCGGGCGAUGUGGAGAAGAAUAAGAUGGAUGGAUUGGGGGUGGGGAGUAGUGACAGGUGGCGGGGGGCGAUCAACGAGUUUUUUCGGAUGAUGGGGGUUGUUACGGUACCUGACGUGCUUCCGUUUCUCAAGCGGUUUGAUGGUUUCUUUGGUGGGACGGAUUAUUACAGGGCGUUUAAGAAAACUGCGAACGAGAUGGAUUGUAUGUUACAAGUGUGGCUAGACCGAUGUAAGAAAAACAAGGGCAAUAGUUGUGAUGAUGAUUUUGAAGAGAAUAAAGGGUUUAUGUCUGAGAUGAUGGUUGCUUCUGAUCGGCUUGCGCUCGAAUUUCCUGCCUAUGAUGCUGAUACGAUAAAUAAAGCGAUUUGCCAGACAAUGGUUUUAGGAUCAACCGAUACGACGACCGCCACCCUCACAUGGGCUCUAUCGUUGCUCCUCAACAAUCGCCACGUCAUCACAAGGGCCCGCCAAGAACUAGACCUCCACGUCGGACGAGAAAGGCAAGUGAGGGUAUCCGACACCGAAAACCUAGUAUACAUCAAAUCCAUAAUCAAAGAAACACUCCGACUCUGCCCACCCACGGCACUCCCGGCCCCACGCGAGUCGGUCGAGGACUGCACGGUGGCCGGGUACCACGUGAUAGCUGGCACACGACUCAUCGUGAAUAUAUGGAAGCUCCACCGGGACCCGCGUGUUUGGCCCGAACCGCUUGAGUUCAAGCCCGAGAGGUUUCUUACGAGCCAUAAAGAGGUCGAUGUUCGAGGCAACCACUUUGAGCUGCUCCCGUUUGGCGGAGGGAGAAGGGUAUGCCCUGGAAUUGCGUUAGCUCUACAAAUGUCGGAAUACGCACUUGCUAGUUUAUUGCAUGGUUUCGAUAUUGAAACGGUGCCGUUUGGUGAGGCUGUUGAUAUGACUGGGAGUUUUGGUGCUACUAAUGUGAAAGUCACUCCACUUCAAGUUGCUCUUACACCAAGAUUGUCUCCUCACCUUUAUGCUUGAUCUAUUUUUAUUAGGAGCAAUGGUUUUCAAUUUGCUUAAGUAUCAUUUUGUUUGUUGUGUAAUAUUGUGUUGAUUGACUUUUCUUUUCUUU